AUGGCGGCCUACAGCGAAACGGAAUGUUGGAAACUUUAUGUCGGCAAUCUGUGGAAGACGGUGACGCUGCCGGACCUCCAUGCCUUGUUUAGCCAGUUCGGCCGUGUGACGCAGUGCGUAUACCCAAUGACGGAUGAGGGAGAGUUUAUGCGAUUCGCCGUAGUUUCCUUCAUGGAGCGUGAAUCGGCCAACAAUGCGAUGCUAUGCUGCCAAGGCACCCUUUUCCAUGGGCAUCGUAUGUUGGUGUCCUCCUCGUUUGGCUCGCCGUGGUCGGUUCACCGCUUGAAUACGCUGUACGUCACCAACUUUAGCUUGUACGUUGACGAAACUGUACUGUGGAAGGUGUUCGAGCCGAAGAGUGCAUGCGCCGUUAAGAUCAGAUGGAGCGUGUUCGGGUACCGAUACGCCGAGGUUUCCUUUACGUCCGAGAGUGCCGCGUUAGCGGUGCUCAGCGAAUCGAACGGUUUGGAUCUCGGUGACGGAUACAAGCUGAAGAUAUCUAACUUCUUCGACCUGCGCAACCGUGGACCGGUCAGCCCGAAACAGUUCUGCGAACUGCAGUGUAUGCGCAAGGACGCAAGUUGUUUGCGCGUCUCGAACCUUACCGACAGGGUGGACGAUGAACAGUUGGAAAAGCUGUUUCAUUUGUACGGGAUAGUCGAUUGCGUGAUCAUGCUGCAAGCCUUCGAAGGCUUCACGGGAUGCAGCAUAGUAAAGUACAUCAGUCCAGCAUAUACUAAAUAUGCCGUUCAGAAGUUGGACGGUGUCGAGCAAGACGGUCAGAACAUCAAGGUGGAACGUGUCGACAACACAUUUCCGGUCCGUUGGGCUAUCUCGCCAAACAAGAAGUCACGUAAAUACAGCAAAAAAUCUUCUAAACCAGUCCAUACGAAACACUUCUAUGUGCAUCCCACGAGAGAAACAACUAACUCGCCAACUCGCGCUAACUCGCGCCCGAACUUUGGACGGAAGAGAAAGGUCAAUUACCCCUAUGGCGAGCGCUCGGUACACGCCCCGCAACCGAAACCGGUCCCUGCGAAACCUACUCGUGCAGUAAACUACUAUUAUGGGCCCUCGGUAGAACCAUCAGAUUCGAACAUGGCCGAUUCCACGGCAUGUAAUCCUUUCGCGGAACUCGAAAACCAUCGCGGGUGGCAAGCUUAUCUGCGCUUGUCUGGAUUAAACGAGCCGGCCACCGAUGGUCCAUCAUGCCACGUUCCAGAAAAGCGUGGCAACGAUAAGACGGAUGCGAUUCACCAGGAUCGUCCACCACAGUGA